CUCCCUUAGAAGUGAAGCAACUAAUUGCACUUUGUUCAGCCAGCCCUUUAAGCACCUUGGUUAAAAGUGAUACAUUAAUAUUUAGUGCACUAUUCACUAUUGAAAAGUCCAUUUCUCUUACCAAUUUCAGACAAAGAUACCAGAGUGUCAACCUACUAUUAGUCUCAAAUAGUUUACUAUUUUAUUCUUGCUCCAAUAUGGCAUCCACAGUAGUGGGGCUCAUUCAGGGGAUUGUAGGAGAGGAGAUUUAUAACAAAAGGGGUAGCCUUAAUAAGGAAAUAUACCACAUAAACAAUAUGUGUUGCAGUGUUUUAUCUAGACACUCCUUGGUCAGCACACUCCCUAAUCAAACAGGCAGCUUUUCCUCAUGUAGGAUUGUAACUGAAGUUAUAACUGACUUCCCCCAAGACUGGCUGCCACAGGAUUUCCUGUCCAAAAAUUCACUGGGUGGUCAUUUGCAGAUGAGGGCUCACCCAUCACCAAGCAAGCCCUCUAAGGAUGAAGAAUAUUUGACUCAAGUGCUUUAUUUUCAAAUUCUCUCUAGGCAUUUCCCCACCCCCACCCUUACCCCACCUUUACUCUAGGGGAGGAGGAGAGGAAAGGGGAGGAAAAAAAAAAAAAAAACACCACCUCUUAUGGUAAUAAUAUAUAUUUGUCCAAGGUGUCUUUUUUCCCCCUCUGAGGUUAUUUGCAGGUUUUUAACUGCUUAGCCUUUUUAGCCUCAUAAUUACUGAAAGAAAUAGCCUCCUUGCAAAUGGAUCUGUUUCUUUAACCCCCUUCCCUCCCUCCUUCGCUCCUUUCCUCCUUCCCUCACUCUUUCCCUUCCCUCCUCCUUCUCUUUUUUCUCCUCCUCCUCCUCUUCGGACUCUUGUGAGCCAAGCCACUGAGCUCAGCAGGCUUUGCUGUGUCAGGAGAACCCACCUAGAGGGCCCCCUUGACGCCAGCACAUCCCCAGUCGGGCAGCAUUCACUGCAGCCUGAAGCUGAUGAUUCUACUGCAGAGUGUGAAGAAUCCAGUGUUACCGAGUCUGCAAGUGUCCGGAGCCGCUACUGAACCGGAGAGCGCCAGGGCAGAGUCAGCAAAGGCUCCGGGGAUUUCGAGGGGCUCGGCUGGAAAUUCUGCAAGCCUUUGGGAGCCUGUUGCCUUUGUGUUUUAAAAGCAUGCCAGAUGUCUUUACAGCUCGAGCUCAAGAACCUUUCUGAAGGAUGCCAGCGCCCCAGGAGUAAAUGACAACUAACGAGGAGCUGAAUUGGGGGGAAAGAGAAGGAAAAAAAAAAGGCUGGGACGAAAUUAUCAGAUAACAUCUGACUUAACAGCUGCGAGAUUUGUUUUCUUUCAAAGCAAAAUACGAAAAGCCCUCGCGUGGUCCUGGGGAACAGCAAAUUAAAGGAGGUUCUGUCUGCAGUGAGAGGAUCAAUAGCUUAGUCAUUUUACUUAAAGAGAGCAGACAGCCUUAUUAUGGAGUUAGGCAGCAGAAAUGAAUCUGCUCAUGAAAGCCCCUUCAAAAAGCCUGAUAGGAGCUAAUGGUAAUCCUGGCAUGCGAAGCCCAAAUUGCUCACUGCCUUCCUACUACUUUUGCAGAUGAGGAAAAAAAGAGAGAGGAAAAAAAAAAAGCCCACAAUGACCAGUAAUUUUGAAGAGAAGUUUGCUUUGGUUGUAUAUGGUUUUUUUUAACACCCCUAUCCCCCAUUCUUUGUCUAAUACGUCUGCGAACGGAGCACUGCAUCCAAGUGAUCACACAGGAAUAUGUGUCUGAGAAAGAAGAAAAAGCAAUCUCCCUCCUUAAAGGACAGCAUGGCAAAGCGAUCUGAAGUUUUGUACCUCCCCCCAAAUACCCCUUUAACCAAGAAAACAAGCCACUGCCUCUUGACUAACCUUUUCCCACAUUCCAGAGUCCUUCCUAGGAAAAUGCUUUAAUUUCUACUCGAAUCAGUUGGAUUUUUAACUAGGACGCUAUUUUGUCAUUUAGGAUUUCAUGGAUUGUGCUGAUGAUUCUCGGGGGGUUCAUGAGCUGUUGUAGCACAAAUGGACGGACACAUACCUGCAGUGACCUGUGAUGAAUCUUGCUUCAAAUCCUGGAAGGUUUCUUGUAGUUGUGGUUAGCUUUCAGGGUGGGGGGGGAAAGGGGCAUUUGAAAAGACCGUACUUGUUGCAAUAAUCACCUAUGGUGGCAGCUCCAGCUGGAGAGGUAGAAUUCAUCAAUGAAAAACAGAGCAGAGAAAGUCUAAGACAGGGAAAAUACUAAUGUUAGAAGACCUGCGAACAUGAUGCACGUGAAUAAUUUCCCCUUUAGGAGGCAUUCCUGGAUAUGUUUCGAUGUGGACAAUGGCACAUCUUCGGGACGGAGUCCCUUGGAUCCCAUGACAAGCCCAGGAUCAGGGCUAAUUCUCCAGGCUAAUUUUGUCCACAGUCAACGCCGGGAAUCCUUCCUGUAUCGGUCUGACAGUGACUAUGACCUCUCUCCAAAGUCCAUGUCGAGGAACUCCUCGAUUGCCAGUGAUAUACAUGGAGAUGACUUGAUUGUGACUCCAUUUGCUCAGGUCCUGGCCAGCCUGCGUACUGUACGGAAUAACUUUGCUGCAUUAACCAAUUUACAAGACCGAGCACCUAGCAAAAGAUCACCCAUGUGCAACCAACCAUCCAUCAACAAGGCAACUAUAACAGUGGGUAAAAUGGCAUCACAAGACGAAACUGGAAGGGAUCUUGCCACCCCUCCUGACAAAAGACAUGCAACUCAUUCCUUUAAGGGAGAGGAGGCUUACCAGAAACUGGCCAGCGAGACCCUGGAGGAACUGGACUGGUGCCUGGACCAGCUAGAGACCCUGCAGACCAGGCAUUCCGUCAGUGAAAUGGCCUCAAAUAAGUUUAAAAGAAUGCUCAACCGGGAACUCACCCAUCUGUCAGAAAUGAGCCGAUCUGGAAACCAAGUCUCCGAAUAUAUCUCAAACACAUUUUUAGACAAGCAACAUGAAGUAGAGAUUCCUUCUCCCACCCAGAAAGAGAAAGAGAAAAAGAAAAGGCCGAUGUCCCAGAUCAGUGGAGUCAAGAAAUUGAUGCACAGUUCCAGUUUAACAAAUUCCAGUAUUCCACGAUUUGGAGUGAAAACUGAUCAAGAAGAUGGACUUGCCAAGGAAUUAGAAGAUGUGAACAAAUGGGGUCUUCAUGUUUUCAAAAUAGCAGAAUUUUCUGGGAAUCGACCUCUGACAGUUAUCAUGCACACCAUUUUUCAGGAACGAGAUUUGUUAAAAACAUUUAAAAUUCCAGUAGACACUUUAAUUACCUACCUGAUGACUCUAGAAGACCAUUACCAUGCUGAUGUGGCCUAUCAUAAUAAUAUACAUGCUGCAGAUGUAGUUCAAUCCACUCAUGUGCUGCUAUCGACGCCUGCUUUGGAGGCAGUGUUCACAGAUUUGGAGAUUCUUGCAGCAAUUUUUGCCAGUGCAAUACAUGAUGUGGAUCACCCUGGGGUUUCAAACCAGUUCCUGAUUAAUACAAAUUCUGAACUUGCCUUGAUGUACAAUGACUCAUCAGUCUUGGAGAACCAUCAUUUAGCUGUGGGCUUCAAGUUGCUGCAGGAGGAAAAUUGUGACAUUUUCCAGAAUUUGACCAAAAAGCAAAGACAAUCAUUAAGGAAGAUGGUCAUUGACAUUGUACUUGCAACAGACAUGUCUAAACACAUGAAUCUACUGGCUGACUUGAAAACUAUGGUCGAAACUAAGAAAGUUACAAGCUCUGGGGUUCUUCUUCUUGAUAAUUAUUCAGAUAGGAUUCAGGUCCUACAGAAUAUGGUGCACUGUGCAGAUCUAAGCAAUCCAACGAAGCCUCUUCAGCUCUACCGACAAUGGACAGACAGGAUAAUGGAGGAGUUUUUCCGCCAGGGAGACCGGGAACGGGAACGGGGAAUGGAAAUAAGUCCCAUGUGUGACAAGCACAAUGCCUCAGUAGAAAAGUCACAGGUGGGAUUCAUAGACUACAUUGUUCAUCCUCUUUGGGAGACGUGGGCAGACCUCGUACAUCCCGAUGCCCAGGACAUCUUGGACACGUUGGAGGACAAUCGUGAAUGGUACCAGAGCACAAUUCCUCAGAGUCCUUCUCCUGCCCCUGAUGACCAGGAGGAAGGCAGGCAAGGACAGACUGAGAAAUUUCAGUUUGAACUGACUUUGGAGGAGGAUGGCGAGUCAGAUACUGAAAAGGACAGUGGCAGUCCGGUGGAGGAAGACACCAGCUGCAGUGACUCCAAAACUCUUUGUACCCAAGACUCAGAGUCCACUGAAAUCCCUCUUGAUGAGCAGGUGGAGGAGGAGGCAGUGGGGGAAGAGGAGGAGGAGGCAGGUCCGGCAGAAUCUUGUGCAAUAGAACAUGAGCACUCCCCUGAUACGUAACAAACAGUGUGAAGACUUUCACUUUCUCUUUUUUUUUAAACGGAAAAAAAAAGUAGAAAAUGGUUUCCAAAGUGCAUGUCACAUGCCACAACCAUAGUCACACCUGUCAUCUGCCAGGACACGUCUGUCGAACAAAACUGACCCUGAUUACUCAGCUUGGCACUCAGGAAUAUCGUAACCAGGAUUUUCACCUCCACGGCUUCAGAACAGGGGGAUGUACUCAUGAAAGCAUUUUCACAAGAUCUCAGCUUGGUAGGGCUGACUCAGCAGCCAGGCUGCGCCACCAUGUUUUCAUGGGAGUAUAUAGCUUGUCAGCCAAAGGCUGAUUUGGUUUGGGGUUCGUUUUGUUUUUGUUUAUUUUCUUUUGUUUUAUUAUUAUUAUUAUUAUUAUUUGGAAAUAAGAUGGUAUUACAUGACAUGAAGUUUUGUGAAGUUUUUAGAAUACAACCAGAGCAAACUGAGGUUCUAAUGGAGGAAACAAGGUGUGAUAAGACACAGCACGAGUCUGUUACCAGGAGGAAGAUGAGCCGCAGAAAUUGCAAAAUUUUCUAAUUUCAAGUCUUCCUGUUAUAUAUGACUGAACAGUGUGGCUCAAAGGGCUACACUGACCUCUACAUUUUGUAUGAUAUGUAAAACAAGAUCUUUUGUAGAGCUUACUUUUAUUAAUAUUAAAUGUAUUGAGGUAUCACCUAUUUAAAAAUAAUAUGUUCAGAACUUCAUCUGCCACUGGCUAUUUUUUCCCCUAAAGAGUAACUUGCAAGUUUUCAGUACAGAUCUGUGCUACACUGGAUAAAUAAUUCUAAUUUAAGUUUUUUUUUUUUGUUUGUUUGUUUUGCACCUUAGAGUUCAUAGCAAUUAACUGAUCUGUAGCAAUUCAUUGUUUUAUAUACCAAUGACUUCCAUAAAAACAAAAAUCUUGAGUUGUAGUAGACCUUUUGAUAGAAUCCAGUUUACUCUGGUUUUCCUUUAAUAUUUUUCCCCCAAAUGAUCAGAAUUCUAUCUUUUUUGAGCAUUAUCCUUCAUAGCAUAGAGCAAACAAACCUUGGUUCUAUAGCCCAUCAGUGAGUGGGCUAAUUUUUCCAAAAGUAGAAUUCACAGAAGCAUUAGUUGGUUGGUUGUGGAGCAAAGUUGGUAGACAUAAACCUCCUCAGCUGUGUAUUAAACAAGACAUAGAACCUUUCCAAAAAUGCACAAGAACUAUGAUUUAAAAUGGAUGAUGCUUCAUGCUUAUAUUCUGUUACAACCAGCUACCUGUCCUGAGAAGGAGGCUUUGCUAUAGUCUCAGACUCCUUCAAAACCUCUUAGAACCUUUGUCCAAGUAGAAAAGGUCUGUUUGAGCAGGACAUUGUAAUCAUCAAGCUUUAGAAAGAAGUUUUGUUAUAUAGAAUGGCCCAGUUUUGUAUACUGUUUGGAACUCAAAGGGAAAUUUCCAGAGAAAGAGACUAGUUAUUUAGCCUAGGGAAUGAGGCAAUCAUUUGGAAUUUUAGAAGUGUUCAUACAUUGGCUAGUUGGGUUUCUGUGACUUUUGCUGGAAGAUUUAAAGCCACAUCAAUUUGAAUUGAGAGCUAAGAAAAACUUGUAAAAGAUAUUUACUACCUGCCAGGCGAUUUCUUAAGUCCAUGCUAAAUCUAGAAAAGGGCUUCUAUCUGGCAACAAAUGCUAAAGGGAGAGGAAAUGUACCAAUUCUUCAUUAUGCCAAUCCUAAAGGAAGAGAAUUGGGGAUAAUUGGGGUUGAAGGUGGGCUAUUUAUCAGCAAUAACCUUGGAUAGGUAGAGAAAGACCCCUUGGGUCUCAUAGAGGACAUUAAAGUCCUACCUUAGAAAACUGGAAAAGGAUAGGUAUCUCUGCUUGGUUCAGCCCUUGGAAAUUUCAUUGAGAUUUGAGAUACUGAUAGGUUGAGGUACAAAGUGAUAAUUGAAUAACCCUGGAAUGAUUUGACUUUUUUUUAAACUGCAAACUUCCUUUCAAGUUCUGUUUUUAAACAGUAUCUAAAAAUAGAAGGGAAAGGGGAGAACAAAGGUUCUCAGUGAUAGGAUUAAAAAAUAAAAUAAAAUAAAAUCCAAUAGAACAAGGACCACUAUGAGAAGUGAAUAGAUCAUAACCUUGGAGAAUAAUUCCAACCGCUUGUAUUCGCUGAGACUGGGGCAGUGUCUCUCUGGCUUCCAUCCAGAGAGCCAUCCUGAUGUUUACAUAGCACCUUCUGGUAGAGAGAGUUCCCUGCAGUUGGUCUAAUAGCCAAUUAAGUGAUUAUCAACCCCUUUCUCUAUGUAUCCCUUACCCCACACAAUAAGCAAAACAAAGAUCUCCAAUCUUGCUCUCUUUGAGCAGUGAUUCUACCUAUAGCAUUUUGUUCUUGCUUUCUGUUUGGGCUUCAGAGAUUGAAAAAGGUCUUUCCUAUUUACUGAAGGAAGGACAGACAGAGCUUCCUCAUGAUUCUGUCUGUGGUUUCUUCUCUUUCCAGCAUGUCCCUUUCAUCCCCAUAAUCCAUAGGGCUUUUUCCCCACAGAGUGCCUGUAAUUUUAAAGAAGCAAUAUAAGUACCUAACAGGUACAGACCUGAAACAAUUGUAUAGCUGCACUAAAGGAAAAAAAGUACUUUUAAAAAUGCCCCCAUGCUGUGAAAGAUAACCACAGAUGGACAAUCAUUCCUUUGAAAGGGCCUAACAGCGUAGAGCUAGGAUCUAAUGCAUCGUACAAUCCUCUUUACAUCCCCCCUUCUUGCCAAAGUGUGCUCCAGUAGCACAUGGCUACUUUAGAAGGAAAAAAAAAUAAUUCCUUCUAUGAGUGGCUUUUUUUUUUAAUGCAUAAGAAAGGGGAACAUUUGGGUACUGUAUGGGGAAGAAAAGAAUCCAAGUUUGCCUAAAACAAGUACAUUUUAGCUUGCAAGUUACUUAACACAGUAAUACUGUUUUUAUUUUCAUUGUUUUCCUGGUGUUAUUGUUAAAAUUCAUGAUGAGAUAGUAUAGUUAGAACAAAUGGCAAAGAGAAAAAAAAAACUUGAAUGAAAUGGAUUUUACAGAAAGCUUUAUGGUAAUUUUUGAAUGCAUUAUUUAUUUUUUGUGCCAUAUUUUUUUUCUCACCAAAUGACCUUACCUGUAAUACAGUCUUGUUUGUCUGUUUACAACCAUGUAUUUAUUGUAAUGUACAUACUGUAAUGUUGAUUGUAAAUUAUCAGUUCUUAUUAAAACAUCCCCCAUGACUGGGUGGUGUUGGUAUAUUUGGAAAUCUUGGUGAGAGAAUGAAUGGUGUGUAUACAUAUUUCCUGUACAUGUUUUUUCCUCCUGUAACAUAGUCUGUGUCACCUUAGAGCUUGUUUAUGGAAGAUUCAAGGAAAACUAUAAAAUACAUAAAAGAAGUUAUAUAAAUAAAUUAAAAAAAAAACACAAAAAAAAAACAGCUGCAGGUCUUUGGUCCCAGGGCUGUGCCUUAACUUUAAACAAUAUUAUCUUCUGUUUUGCUGCAUUUGAAAGUAAGGUAACAGUGGGGCUAGGGCUGGGCAUUCCAACCAGGUUACUUUUAACUGAUUAGAUCAUGAGCAAUAGUCAGUUUUUACAAAAACACAACCAACCUUGAAAAGUUCAACCCCAUUUUGAACUAUUAGCUUCUAUUUGCAAUAAACAGCAUUGUAGACACAAUUCUACUACAAUUCAUCAGGAACAAUUUCAAUCAGUCCUUUUAAAUCAUUCCCUUAUUUUAAAACACUACAAGAUAAACACACUAGAUAGCUAACAAUAACAAACUUUCUUGAUUUCAAGAGCACAUAGGAAAAUGAAUAUGAAGUGAAAUGAGAAUCACAAAUGAUAUCUAUAUAUAGCUAUUUAUUUUUUUUAUCUUCCAAGAGCUGUUAUUCUUUAACCAUUGUUUCCUCAUAUAGUAAAGAUUAUUAUUAUCGUUAUUUAGAGCCCAGGAAUUUUCUCUAGUAAAUAGCAGCUAAACCUGCCUUUUAUGUAUGUGAAUCUGUCUGCUCACAGAGGUUACAUAGAAUAGAAAUGCACAAAGUCAAAAGGACUCAUCUUUAAAACAUGUUUCAAUAUAGCUGGUAUUUAGAAAUUUUGGAAUUUAAACAUUUCUGGUGGCCAACUCCUGAGUGCUGCAUGAAUUUCCCAGUGUUAGAUGUGGGUAGAUCUUCUUCCUACCACUGAUGCCCAGCCCUUGAAACAUGUGACUGUUCAGUGAAAGGAGAGAUUCUUUUUCAAGAAAAAAACAGAGCCUCCUUUUUUUGACACAAACUGUAGAUUUUAGCAGCCCUGGCCCAAAGGAAUUUGACUACUUUUGUUUUAAACAGUAUAAAAAGGGACACUAUAAUUACAAAGAAACAAAACCAACAAAAUCCUGGACAGUUUUCAUUGUUUUUUAAUUUGGUUUUUCCUUUGGGUAUUGUCUUCAGAGUGGCAACUUGUAUGUGAACAUUACAAAUGAUUCUCCUGUUUCUUAGCCUCUCUUACAGCCCAUGGGAUAGUACUGUACAUCAAAUACCUUCAUAUGAAAUUUUUAUAUGCAAUGAAAAUAAAAGCAUGGGUUGAUUCUGCCUAGCUAUUUAUGACUCUUGUCUUUUGCAAAUAAAAGAUGAUUCUGUUUAAAGCCA